UGAUUAAAAGUUGUGUAAAUUCUAUUUCUUCCAUGAAAAUAAAUAUUGUAAAAUACUCAGUUGUUGCCUAUUAGUUAUCAUAUCCGGCCAAUGGCGGAUUUACCUCUUUUGUUGACGUUUUUCUUACAAUUCUUCAAAAGCCGAUAUUAUUCAUGUAACUAAUCACUUAAAAUUUGCUUGUCCUAGUUUUGUCAUACCAAAUUAAAUGUUUUCAUUAACUGAAAACUAAACUUCAAAUAAUAUUAUGCAAACUAAUAAAAUGAGAGGGCGUCCUCCAAAAGCUAAGUCAACAUGUACUAUGUGUAAUGAGUCAAAACAUCCUUUAAAUUAUGUUUUACCUACUCAAAAUGGAAAAAAAGAAUUUUGUUCUGUCAAUUGUCUGGCUGAAUUUCGAAAAGAAUAUGUAAAGAAUGGUUGUGCCAAUUGUGAUAAUAUUAUCAAAGGUACACCAGUAAAACAAGAAAAUCUUGAAUCCACUCCAAAAAAUUUUUGCUCAGCGGCUUGUUUAAAUAAACACCAAAGAAAAGAGCUAACAAAAAAAUCUGUUUUUGGUGAUGUUCAAGUGGAGCAUCCGUUUUCCAUUAAUGGGAAUCAAACAUUCGACUGGGAUAGUUAUUUAAAAGAAACUAAUAGCAUAGCUGCUCCAAAUUAUUGUUUCAAGCAGCAUGAAGAAUCACCAGAAAACGAAUUUAAACUUGGAAUGAAAUUAGAAGCUGUAGACCCACGAAAUAUAACAUCUAUGUGCAUUGCUACAGUUGUUGGUGUUGUUGGCCCUAGGAUAAGAUUGCGCUUGGAUGGAGGAGAUAAUAAAAAUGACUUUUGGAGAUUGGUGGAUUCAUCAGAAUUAAAACCUGUUGGGUAUACUGAAAAAAAAGGAGGCAUGCUGCAACCACCUCUUGGUUUUCGUAUGAAUGGCUCAUUAUUUCCUAUGUUCCUCGUUAAAACAUUGAAUGGAGCAUAUUAUUCACCUGAAACAGCCUUUAAAUCUGAACCAAAAACACCGACUGAUAAUUUAUUUAAAGUUGGUCAAAAAAUUGAAGCAGUUGAUAAAAAAAAUCCACAUUUAAUAUGUGUAGCAACUAUUGGUGAUGUUAAUAAAAAUAAUAUAUUUGUUAUGUUUGAUGGAUGGCGUGGUGCAUUUGAUUAUUGGUGUUCUUAUGACUCGAGAGAUAUUUUCCCUGUUGGAUGGUGUGUUAAAAGUGGUCAUCCACUUCAACCUCCUGGUCAUAAAGCUGUUACAGGAUCUCGUUAUUCAGGAGGAAGGCCUAAUGGAGCUCAAAACUCUUCUCUUGUAAAGCAAACUCUUAAUGACUCUAUAACUCUUACACCAGAUAGUGCAAGUGAUUUAGAAGUAGGAUUUCAAGAAUCAUGUUCUGUAUUUAUAAACCAUGAGUGUAAGUGUGGUCCUUUCAUGGAUUCUUCAAAAUUGUUUGAACUUCCUAAACAAUUAGGUCCUGGUUUGGUACAAAAGGUUUUAAAAGAUACAAUACAACAUUUGGUAAAUACUGCACAUGAUAUACAAUCAGUGACAACUUUGAUGAAAAAACAAGGAGAUAGCACUUGUACUGUAACAGCUACUUAUGAAGGAAAAUCUAGAGUUUUUAAAUUACCAAAGAUAGAAAAAGCCGUUGAAUUUUGGGAAUAUAUAAAAAGUCUAUUGGAAGAUUUAUCAUGUUGUUCUCGUUUAUUAAGUCCUACAUUAAAUGUAUGUUCAGAGUGUAAAUUAGAUAAAGUUGUUAACAAUUCUACAGCAAUUAAUGAUGUUAGUAAAAAUAUUAAAAGACAAGGUUCACCUGAAAGUUCAACACCAUAUAUGGGUUUAGUCACAAAAAUUGCUCGUUCAAAUGAACCUGAAAUGGAAGCUGCAUCUUCAACUACUCCAGCAGAAGAUCUAUCUAGACUGCCUGUAGAUCCAGUAGAAUGGUCUGUUGAAGAUGUUAUUCAACAUAUUAAUUGUGUAGAUGUUCAGUUAAAUGUAUUUGCAGAAUUAUUCAGAAAACAUGAAAUUGAUGGAAAAGCAUUAUUAUUGUUGAAUUCAGAUACUAUGAUGAAAUAUAUGGGGCUAAGACUUGGCCCUGCUUUAAAAUUACAAAACCUAAUUAAUCGUUUAAAACCAAAUCGCAGAUGAAAAAAGUGCAUAAUUCUGUCAUUGGAAUAUUUUUAUAUUUAAGUGUUUAUAUUUCAAGAUGUUUAGAUAUUUCUGUAUGGAAAGAUAAAUUAUAUAUACACUGUUGAUAAUCAAUUUUAGUAAUUGAUCACUUAUUUGUUUUUAUAUUAAGUACAUUAGUAUUAAAAAUAAUACUAUAAUGUGUAAUGGUGCUUAGAUUAAUUACAAAAAUAUCUAACUUAAGAAUUAGACAUUUAUUAAUUUGGUUUUCACAGUAAACCAUUUAAAGAUACACCUACUUAUGUAUAAUUAUAAUAAUAUUAUUAAAAUUGACAGAUAAUAUAAUGUAAGAAAAUUUAUCUCAUAAUACUUUAUUUAGUCAUGUUUAUAAAAGCAUAUUAUUAUGUGAUGUCACUUUUAAAUAACAAAUUAUUUAUUCAAUUAUUUAAAUACUUUAUUACUAUAGCUAAAAAUUAUAUUUUUAAAAAAAAAUUAAUACAUUUUAUUUAAAUGUAAUAGACAGUUGAGUUUCAAAAACUCAGUUUUAUUAAUAGUAUAAAUAUAAAAAUUUACCCUAAUUCUAAAUUUUCCUAUUAACAUUUCAAUUUCUAAAAAAAUUUUGCUUGUAAUAUCCAAUUAAAAUAUGGUAUAAACAAUGUAAUAUUUAUAAAAAGUAUUAUUGUUACUAUUCAAUAGUAAAAAAUAACAGAAGACUCAUCAUUUGAGAUCAACUAUUUAUUUGUUUAUUAAUAAUUUUUUUUUAGUUUCAAUUUAUACAAAAAAAUUAAUUUAAUAUUAUUUUCAUACUGUGUUAAUGAUAAAAUUUAUUAAAUAAAAUUACUAUCAAUAUUAAUUGUCAUUUAAUAAAAUUUUCAUUUUAUAUACACUUAAUAAUUUUUUGUAAGUUAAAUCUUAAGUGUGCAUGUAAUUAUAUUUUAUUUAUCUCUAAAGAAUGUUUUAUCAUUCUUGGAACUAAACCUCGCUUAGUUAAAAAGUUGAAGUUUUGACAUCCUAGCUAAUUUAAAAAAGUAAUUUAGCAAGUCGAGUAUGGAUUAAAAAAAUGUUGUGAUCAAUACUGAUAAAGUUGUCAUUUUUCUAUCUUUUACAUUUUUGUUGUUAGAUUUUAUUUUUUAGAUAUAAUUUAAAGAUAUUGAUGUAUAUAUAUACUUUACUUUUAGUUUAAACAAAAUAUUUAUGUAUAUUGUACUAGUAUUAAAUGUUAAUUUUCUUAUUUUUAAGCCGUAUUGGGAGAAUUAUGUAUUGGCAAUUGUUUCUGUGAUGUUAGAUGUAUUUUGAUUGAAUGUAUUUAAAAUUAUAUUUUUGUAAAAUAUAGUAAUUUGUUUGCACA